CUAGAAAUAAACAGGCGUCGUGUCCCGCCCAAACCCACCUGUUUUAGACGAAAUCAAAACGACUCAGAAAAAUUAUCAGAAACCAAAACAAAUGUAAAACAAAAGAUUGAUCAAUCAGUUCCAUCGAUAAAUCGAAGUCAAUCGUGUUGAACUACAAGGUAGCAACAACAGGAAGUAUUUACGAUAAUGAGAGAAAUCAUCCAUUUAUCAACUGGUCAAUGUGGUAACCAAAUCGGUGCUGCCUUUUGGGAAACCAUUUGUGGCGAACAUGGUUUAGAUAAUAACGGAAAUUAUCAUGGAGAUAAUGAACUUCAAAGAUCUAAAUUAGAUGUCUAUUUUAAUGAAGCUAGUUCAGGUAAAUAUGUUCCUCGUGCUGUUUUAGUUGAUUUAGAACCUGGUACUAUUGAUGGAGUUAAAUCUUCAUCUAUUGGUAAUUUAUUUAGACCAGAUAAUUAUCUUUUUGGUCAAAGUUCUGCUGGUAAUGUUUGGGCUAAAGGUCAUUAUACUGAAGGAGCAGAAUUAGUUGAUUCAGUUCUUGAUGUUGUUAGAAGAGAAGCUGAAAGUUGUGAUUCUUUACAAGGUUUCCAAAUUACUCAUUCUUUAGGUGGUGGUACUGGUUCUGGUAUGGGUACUUUAUUAAUUUCAAAAAUUAAAGAAGAAUUCCCAGAUAGAAUGAUGGCAACUUUUUCAGUUGUUCCAUCUCCAAAAGUUUCUGAUACUGUUAUUGAACCAUAUAAUGCAACUUUAUCAGUUCAUCAAUUAGUUGAAUUAUCUGAUGAAACUUUCUGUAUUGAUAAUGAAGCUUUAUAUAAUAUUUGUCAAAAAACUUUAAAAUUAUCUCAACCAAAUUAUGCUGAAUUAAAUAGUUUAGUUUCUUCAGUUAUGUCUGGUGUUACAACUUCUUUACGUUAUCCAGGUCAAUUAAAUUCUGAUUUAAGAAAAUUAGCUGUUAAUUUAGUUCCAUUCCCAAGAUUACAUUUCUUUAUGGUUGGUUAUGCUCCAUUAACUUCAAUUGGUUCUAAAUCUUUUAGAUCUUUAACUGUACCAGAAUUAACUCAACAAAUGUUUGAUUCUAAGAAUAUGAUGGCUGCUUCAGAUCCAAAGAAUGGUAGAUAUUUAACUGUUGCUGCAUUCUUUAGAGGUAAAGUUUCUGUAAAAGAAGUUGAUGAUGAAAUGCAUAAAGUUCAAACUAGAAAUGCUGCUGAUUUUGUUGAAUGGAUUCCAAAUAAUGUUCAAACUGCUGUUUGUUCAGUUGCUCCAAGAGGUUUAGAUAUGUCUGCUACAUUUAUUGGAAAUUCUACUUCAAUUCAAGAAUUAUUUAAAAGAGUUGGUGAUCAAUUUAGUGCUAUGUUUAGAAGAAAAGCUUUCUUACAUUGGUAUACUUCUGAAGGUAUGGAUGAAAUGGAAUUUACUGAAGCUGAAUCUAAUAUGAAUGAUUUAGUUAGUGAAUAUCAACAAUAUCAAGAAGCUGGAAUUGAUGAAGAAGAAUUAGAAUAUGCUGAUGAAGCCCCAUUAGAUGAGCCUUUACAAUAAAUUAAAUAUUAAAGAUAAUAAUUCAAAAUUGGGAUAUGCUAUACUUUUUUUUGUUAGUUCAUGAUGAUUUAAUUCUUUGUUGGUUUUAAUUUUGCUUCUCCAUAUAUAUAUAAUUUUUAUACCCCACUCUCUUCUCUAUAUUUCAAAUUUAGCUCUUGUUUCAAAUUAUAACUUUUUAUACGAUCCGUGUAAUAACUACAUUAAUCUAUAUUAUAAUAUUAUAUAUGUAUAUGUUUCUUGAA